ACGUGGCCAACUGCCGUUCAUCUUCCCCAGUUUCCUCUCCGCAAAACUCUACCGGCCAAAAUCACAGUACCCCCAACAAAUUUCCUUUUUCAAAAUGUAACUUCCCACUAAAACCUCUUCAAAAUCUCCCCCAAUUUCACCUGAGAAAAACGAAAAACCAUGCCGCUCUCAACUCCGUUUCUAGUUUCUUCACUCCUCCUUCUGUUACUGCACCAUACGGCGUCGCAUCAAGCAAUCGCCGACGGCGACAUACUUUUGCCUCCCAAAAUGACUCACGCCGUCGAAUAUAGAAUUGAAAGCACUGACGGUUGCUUCAAAUGGUCAUGGGACGAUCAUGAUUUGUUAUUGGUGUUGCCGGAGUUUAAUUCCAGUAGCCAGCAUUGUUCGACGAGUGCUCGAUUAAAGUCUAUUGCUCAUUACAAUGGACGAAAGGAGACAAUUGUUUACGCAACUGAUUCGCACACCGGAACGGUGGUUCGUUACCGUGUUAAUGUCGAUGAAAUAUCGAGGAUUCAAAUAUUCAACACCCCUCACAAGCUUGAUGUUGAUGGUCUUGCUACUCUAAGGGUCCGUGCCUUUGAUAGUGAAGAUAAAGUCUUUUUGUCCUUGGUGGGCCUGCGAUUCAUGUGGCAAAUGACGCCCGAAGCUCACGGAUUGCCUCGUAACCUCGUCCAUGUUCCUCUAAAGGACUCUCCAUUGAGUGAUUAUGGUGGCUUCUUCGGUGAUUCGGAUAUCCAAGUAAAUCUUGAAGAGAGUGGUGUUUUUUCGGAUUUGUGUGUUGUGAAAGGCACUGAAAUUGGCGUUUCGAUUGUUUCUGUCAGUUUACUAGAAUCAUCGUCCCGGUACUUGAAAGACGAGAUUACUUUGACAGUUGCAGAGGCAAUGUCUCUCGAUCCUCCAUCACCCGUGUAUGUCCUCAUCGGCGCAGUUGUCCGUUAUACCCUCAAAUCCAUCCGUAGUAAUAUGCCACGAGUCGUGAGCCUACCAUCUCCAUUCCAUCACUGGUCAGCCUCAAACUCUUCGGUUGCUGAGGUGGACGGAGAAACGGGUACAGCUCGUGCGUUGAGCUUGGGGGCAACACAAGUUGUUGUUCGAGACACCCGAAUUCUCGGACAGAUGCAGAUAUCAUCUCUCCAUAUUGUCUUGCCCGAUAAUUUGUUGCUAUUUCUGAGGCCACUCUAUCUUUGUGGUGACUGUAAUAUUCCCGCAGCGUCGCGUUGGUAUUUAGUAGCUGGCCAACAAUAUAUCAUUCAUUUAAAGGCUUUAUCGUCAACAGAAACGGGUACGCAUGAGGUUUUUAUAACAGCGAACGACGAGAUUGUGGUUGAUCUGGCUCAUUGGGGGCAGUUUUUCUGCAAUAUUCUCCCGGUUUCUGUUAGAGUUGCUAAUAAGAACAAGUACAGACUACUAAUUGCAUAUUCAUCUGGAUCAGAAAAGCUUAUAGCGACUUUGGCUUACCGCACUGGGCAUGGUAUUAAGAAAGAAGUUCUCAAGGUUUCUCAAGAAUUCACGGUUUGUAAUCAAAUUGAGUUCGUUAAGGAACGAGCGGGUAACUGUUUUAACAGAAUUCUCCUUCCGUGGGUCCCGGGUGUCUACCAGGAGUUUCAGCUAAAAGCAAACGGAGGUUGUGCUGUGUUUUCCAGCCACUAUAAAUGGCUAUCUUUAGACGCAGCGGUUGUGUCUGUAUCUGCCUCGGGCAUUGUUCGGGCAAGAAAGCCCGGAAAUGCAACUAUUAGAGUAAUGUCGAUUUUCGAUCCAUUGAAUUAUGAUGAGAUGGUUGUUGAAGUUUCUGUCCCUUCUUCGUUGGUCAUUCUGCCUAUCUUUCCCGUGGAGGUGCCUGUCGGGUCACAUCUUCAAGCUUCUGUGACAUUGAGAGCAUCGAGCGGCGCGUAUUUCCAUGCAUGUGAUGCUUUCGGGUCAUAUAUAAGAUGGAAAACCGAGAGCGAGUCUUUCGUAAUUGUCAACACAACUCUGAGAUUAUUGGCUGUUCGACUCAAUUCCUCCUCGUCGUCGUCCGGCCCUGCUUGCGCAUCGACUCUCAUUUACCCAUCGGGUCCCGGCCGCACCAUCGUGCAUGCAACGUUAAAUAGAGAGAAUCGACCCUCGGAAUCUAAUGUCUUGAAUGUUUCCUUACGUGUUGCUGCAUAUUCACCGCUUACUAUACACCAGGCGAGCGACGGGAACCGUUUUGGUGGUUACUGGUUCGAUACGGCUCGUAUUGGAUCUUGGAACGAGCUCGGAAGAUCGGAUGAUGUCAAUCUCGCACUCGGAACGUACUUGGAUGUAAUGCUUUCUGGAGGACCAGAGAGGUGGGGCGAGGAUGUCGAGUUCAUUGAAACUGUCGAUGUAAUCGACGAGGGGAAAACUUAUGCGAAAAGUAGAAUUUUCCUGGAUCGUAUAUCGACCGUUAACGGUAAUUUAUACCGAAUAGGAUGCAAAAGUCUGGAGCCGUUCUCGGUUAUUUUCAGAAGGGGAAACCUAAUAGGCGAAGAGCAUCGCUUUACAGCUGUAUCCGAAGCUGAAAUGGUGAUUAUAUGUAGCUACCCAUCUUAUAUUCUAAUAAUACCUGAUGAAGAAUUGAAUGCUCAUCCAGUUAUACGAUCUGCAAGGGGGGCUGAAAGAACGGUUACAGUAGCCAACGGACGCGAAAUUCGAAUGUCGGCUGUUGGAAUCUGUAAUUUCGAUAUAGCUUUCGCGAAUUCGUCUUCGUUUAUUUUAAGGUGGGAAUUAAGUGAAUGCGAAGGGCUGGCGGUUUUCGAUGAUUCGAAAGGGUAUUCGAGCUGGGAAAGGUUUUUGAAAUUGCAAAAUACAUCCGGACGGUGCACCGUGCGCUCCACUAUCGUCGGCUUCAAUGAUUCUCUAAGCAAUCCCGAUUUGUCUAUGGUGCUCGGGAGUUACGUAGAUCUAACGGCUGCAAUCCAGCUGCAGCUUGUUUCGCCGAUUAGAGUGAGUCCGGAAUUCAGCUUGUUGUUUUUCAGUCCCGUAGCUAGGUUGAAUAUCUCGAUUAUCGGAGGAAGUUGUUACUUUGACAGAUUGGUUAACGAUACUGAAAUUGUGGAAAUACAUGCUUGUGAUGACUGUUCGCAACUAACAUUGGCUCCUAAAAGUGUGGGUUCUGCACUUGUGACAGUUCGCGAUAUCGGACUCGUUCAUCCUCUUUCUGCAUCUUCCACCGUCCAAGUUGCGGAAAUGGAUUGGAUUAAGAUUUUAACGGGAGGAGCACACAUACGCAUUAUGGAGGGAAGUUUCGUGUCUGUAAAUGUUUCGGUUGGGGUUGAUGAUGGGCGUGUUUUCGACCCGUCUCAGUACGUUUACAUGGGGAUUCGUGUCGAUAUCGAGGAAAAUAUAGUUGAGGUUGUCGACGACUAUGAUUUUUCGAUUUUGUCAGAGAGAUGCAUACGUGGGCAAAAUUUGGUAUUACAAGCUAUGCGUCUUGGGGUGACAACCAUAUAUCUUAGCGCUACCAAACCUUCUGGACAUAAAAUACUGAGCCAACCGGUUAUGCUGGAAGUAUAUUCUCCACCAAGAUUACAUCCUAGUGAUAUAUUCCUUGUACCAGGCUCGUCAUAUUCGGUAUUACAGUACGGAUGAUCAGACAGCCGAAAGUCACAAGUUUUCGGGACGACUUUCUGCAAUUUCACCUGGGAACUGUACCUUAAUUGCCACAACAUAUGGUGAUGGUGACAUCAUACUUUUGCCAAGCAUCGCCAGCGUUUCUAAGGGGCUCCGAUUGGUUAAAGUAAAAUGCUAUGUAAAAAGGUGAAAAGUCUAUCUAAUUUAUUUUUCUUGUUUGGUUA